CUACUAUCGCGUGAGCGGGCAAGAGGUCAAGUCACUCAAGUCGUUAUCGUCCGUGCAGUGUGUUGUGAAAGCGAGUUUGCUUGAGUUGUGUGUGCCGUUGUCGUUGGCGGGAGCCAUGCUGCAAGGAAGGUUAAGCAGGCUGUUGAACCUUGGGCGCCGGUUUUGCAGUGAUGCAAGUGUGCCUGAUCUCCAGUCACACAAUGCAGUCACAGUGCCGGAGUGGGCCCGAGCACCGCUGGAAGACUUACAUGGAAGGCGGCAUGACUAUGUCAGGAUCUCACUCACAGAGCGCUGUAACCUGAGAUGUCAAUACUGCAUGCCUGCCGAAGGCGCGCCACUCUCAGCGCGCGACAAGUUACUCACACGUGACGAGCUAACGCGGACAGUCCGAGUCCUAGCCGAGAUGGGUGUCCGCAAACUAAGACUAACGGGUGGUGAACCUACGCUGCGAGCUGAUCUACAUCUUAUUAUAGAGGAACUCAACAACAUCGAAGGCAUCACAAGCGUAUCAAUGACGACCAACGGCCUAGUGUUAACCCGUCGUCUGCCCACGUACGCUCGGGCGGGGCUCGCAGCCCUCAAUAUAUCCUUAGACUCACUACAGAAUGAGCGAUAUGAGAAAAUGGCACGAAGACCGGGCUUGAAGAAAGUACUGGCUGGUAUUGAUUUGGCUCUGCAGUUGGGGUUUCCAGUUAAAAUUAACGUUGUGCUUAUGAAAGGAUUCAAUGACGAUGAAAUUAUGGAUUUUGUGGAAUACACAAAAGAUCACCCCGUUGAAGUUAGGUUCAUCGAAUUCAUGCCUUUUUCAGGCAAUAGUUGGGACGACUCAAAAUUAGUUCCGUACCGAACAGCACUGAGGACUAUUGUGGAGAGACAUCCAGAGCUGCAGGGGUGCACGCCGCGACCAAACGACACUGCGAGGGUAUGGCAAGUCCCCGGGUAUGCAGGUAGUGUAGGCUUCAUCUCUUCAAUGACGCAGCAUUUCUGUUCCACGUGCAAUCGACUCAGGAUAACGGCUGAUGGAAACCUUAAGGUAUGCUUGUUCGGUAACGCGGAGGUGUCUCUCCGUGACGCGAUCCGCAGCGGCGCUGACGACGAAGAAUUAUCGACGCUAAUACGCGUCGCGCUGAAUAAUAAGAAACCACAACAUGCUGGCAUGCAGAAUCUGGCGCAAAUGGAAAACCGGCCCAUGGUUCUGAUUGGGGGGUAAUUCCUUCACCUUCACAGCGAAGCGGGCAACGGAGACUGCGGAGUCCAUCAAAAUUCUACAGGAGAUCCAAAGCUUUUCAAUAUACCACUUAGAUGAGAAAGUUGCUCAUACGCUUCGGUCUCUAAAUCUUCCAUUUCAAAUCAAUA